AUGGGAAACAAAGCCCCUCGUUAUAACAAACCAAUCGGAGUAGAUUCUGAGUGUCCUAUUUGUGGAAUGACAUUUAAUAGAGGCUUGACUCACGGAUAUGUCAAUGGUCAUAUUGAUCAAUGUAUGACUAAUCCAACAAAAGGCAAAGAAGAGUAAAAGAGAAGAAAAAUUUAAAAGGAAUACAAUCACCAAGAAGGAGGGUUGAAAAUCAUUGUCUAGAGGGACGACUUUGGAGAGUAAAAAAUAGUCACUGUCAAAGAUCAAUCAACUUUACUGACCGCUGAUAUAGUGCUUUAAAUCUAAUAGAAAAGCGAGGAAGAGAUAAAGAAGUCCUCUACUAGAGAUAAAGUGAUUUGGUUCAAUAACAAAAUAGAUAAAAAUACUCUCGAUUUCACAGCAGGUUUUAAUGAAAUCAUCAUCAAUCGUGAAAAUCUGAUAUAGGACUCCAUGAAAUAUUUUCUUGACAUUAAUGAUCUCAGAAAAGAGCUAAAAGUUACCUUUAACAACGAGCUAUCGAAAGAUGCAGGAGGCUUAUCUAGAGAAUUUUUUACGACACUUAUGAAGGAACUUCUAAGUCCAAAUCUAGGUUUAUUCACAGUAGCAACCACAACUGAGUUUUCAUAUAAAAUCAAUGAAGACUCUAAAUAUAUUGAUAAUUAUCUCACCCUUUACUACUUUUUUGGAAAGAUAUUAGGAAAAGCUUUAUUUGAUCAUAUCCCACUAAAUGUCUGCCUCAACAAGGCUCUUUUUAAAGCAAUUGUUGGUGAAGUUACUGAAAAUGAAUAUGAUAAUUUAGACGAGUUCAAGAAUAUCGAUUACAAUGUCUACAACAGCUUGAAGUUUUUUAGAGAUAACGAUUUGUCUGCAUUUGAAGAUGUUAUAGAGUAAUAUUUUACAACAGAUAUUCACUCUAAUAUUACUGAUAACAUAAAUAAUGGAGAGAAUACAAUUGAACUUAUUCCUGGAGGGUCUAAAAUUCGAGUAAACAAUACAAAUAAAGAACUUUUUAUCAAGAAAAAAUGCCAUUAUAUCGGAUAUUUGUCUGUAGAAUAAUAGAUCCAAUCAAUUCUAGAAGGAUUCCAUAAAGUUAUUCCUAAAAGUUGGGUUAGUAUAUUUUCAUCUGAUGAACUCGAGGCUGCGAUUUGUGGAAAUCCAAGAAUAGAUCUUGAAGAUUGGAAAGCUAAUACAGAAUACAAAGACUUUGGUAGAUGGAGCUAAACUGUUAAUAGAUUCUGGUCUGUUAUGGGAACUUACAAUCAAGUUGAGCUAGCUAAUAUCCUAUAAUUUUGCACUGGGACAUCUAGAGUUCCACUUGGCGGAUUCAGAUCGCUAGAAAGUAAUAGAGGGGAAAAAGCCAAAUUUUGCAUUUAAAAAGUUUCUUAUACACCAUUUAAAGGUUCUAUGGGAAAUCUACCUAGAGCUCACACUUGCUUUAAUAGACUUGAUUUACCUAGGUACCCAACUUAUAAUCAUCUAAAAGAAGCAAUGGACUAUAUAGCUAAGAAUGAAAUUAGAGGCUUCGGUAUAGAGGAGUGA